AUGGCCGCCGAGAUUGAAGCUGCCAAAAAGGCAGCUGCUCUCGAAGCUGUCAAGAACCACUUCCCCCCAAGCCCGCGCUUCGUGGGAAUCGGCUCCGGCACGACCAUCGUCUACGUGGUGGAAGCCAUCAAAAACUGCGGCGUCGACGUCUCAAGAGUCGGCUUUGUGCCAACAGGAUACCAGUCCAAACAACUCAUCAUAAAUGCGGGUUUGGUACCAAUCGAGUUUGAUGCGCUGCCGGACGAUGCCAUGAUUGAUGUGAAUUUCGAUGGCGCAGAUGAGGUGGAUGAGGAGUUGAACUGCAUCAAGGGUGGAGGUGCUUGUCUGUACCAAGAAAAACUAGUGGCUAUGAGGUCAAAACAGUUUGUUUGCGUCGCUGACUAUCGCAAGCUCCAGCGCCGUCUGGUCACCAAAUGGCCUACUAUCCCCAUAGAGGUGGAACCAAAGGCCGCCCGGCAGGUCAUGAAGAGGCUACGAAUGCUCGGCAGUCACAGCGCAUCAGGCGUAGGUCCGAUGAUCAGAGAAGGCCACCUCGCAAAAGCCGGCCCUGUCAAGACGGAUCAAGACUUCUUCAUCGUCGACGCUCCUUUCCCUCAUCCACUCCUGAUAGCCGACGAUCUCACACCCGAAAGACCAGGCGACGGUGAAAAUGGAUAUUGGGAGGUAGAACAGCUCGCUCGAGCUAUCAAGGAUAUCAAUGGGGUGCUUGCCGUCGGCCUUUUCUGUGGACCUACUGGUCCCGAGGCCGCGGCGGCUGGUGUAAUUGGCGGCCAGAGACCGAUUGCUUGCUAUUUCGGCAUGGCCGACGGCACUGUGUCGGUGCGAGCAGCUCGACAUAAGCGGGACUCCAUCAUCGCCAAAUACCCGCCGUUAGUCCCAGUGCAUAGCUCUGAACCCGGCGUUGUGGCGGCAGCACCUUGA